AUGAGAGAACUCACCCCACAGACACCACAGACACCACAGAGACAUAGGAAGCGGUCUUCAGGGUGUGCGUUCCCUAUAUCCUCACCGUAUACAGGAAAGUCACCGUUGCCCAUGCCUGUUUUGCUUCCCGGACAGUAUCGGCUAGGAUCUUCAGUGUCAUCAGAGUAUACCAAUGGGGAAGCAGAGUAUGAUUCGGAGGAAAAUAAGCGACGUAUGGUUGUAUUUGAGAGACCAGAGGAAGGGUCCGGCAAUAUAGUUCCCGAAGUUGGAUCUCUAUUGGAAGACAUGCCGUUUUUCAACGAAGAACGAGCAGAGUUGUUUUUGGAAACUGCUAGUAAGCUCAGCUUAAGGACCAAGCAGCUAAAACGUACCAACGAUACCGUUGUGGAACUGAACGAAAGUUUAGGAGCUUACUUGUUUGGACUCUAUCAGAAUGCUUGGUGUGUCAAUAUGAAUGAAAGUAUCAGCCUCGAGACAAUGAACAAGCUGGACAAGAUGAAGAAAUUACAGAAGGAAGUCGAAGAGUUAAGACAGCAAUUGGCCAAAAAGAACGAAAAAAGUAAGAAGGAUACCAGGCCCACACUCUCUAGUGCCAGACUUAGGGGGAACAUUGCUAGAACGCCGUCUUCAAGCCUCGUGGAUCGUCUCACUCAGAUUAAAAGGAAAUCUAGAGGAAUUGCUAGUAAUGCUCAACAAGAACAGCAACCGGCACAGAAGAAACGCACAUUUUUAAGGGCAGGUAGUAGGACGCCACUCUUCAAGAGUAGAAAGAGCAGUAGGCCUGUUUUAAGUGGUGGUGAUCGAAACGGCAUGGGGUUGCAGUUAUCUGAUGCACUCAAGUAUCAGGUUAGUAGGGGGGAAGUCAGCGAUGACUCGUUGAGUAGUGUUGGCGAUACGAGUGAGGUCCAAACGCUAAGUAGUAUCAGGCUGAACAGGUUCAAUAACGGGCUCCGUGUAUCUAACGGGAAUCCCGUGCUGGAUCACUAUUGGAGAUCGAGAUUACCGCAGAACAAGGAUUGGCAAGUUAAGCAUCGUAAGCCUUUCAGAUGA